GUAAAUAUUUACCAUGCCUACAAUUUCUUUUCAAUUAAGAUUUCAUGCGAGAGAGUGAGAGAGGCUCUCUCUUAAGUCGAGUUGCGUGCAGUUGUUUGGCCAUAUGACUGAUCUUUGCUGCUUCUGCUGCUGCUGCUGUGAGCUUGCGACGUUCCACUGCUCAUGCGCGGCGGCAGCAGCAGCGGUUGCGGCUGCGUCUGCAGAAACUUCUUUAUCUAACUUUUAUAACAAGCUGCUUGGCUGCGGGAAUGACUUUAGUUCUGCGUCAGCCAUUGAGUGGAUAAGUUCGGCUUUCUUCUGGUGAAUUGUGAACUGCGAACUGCGCAUUCAGUGUCUUGUGUAUGUGUGUUAUGCAGAUGUGAGCACAACUCCAUCGCCAUCUCUCCAAAGUUGUCGCUGUGUUUGUGAUUGUGAUUAAAAGCCGACAGACAUUAAUCAAACUAAACGAAACUCUUUGCACGCGCAUUAAAGGUGCACACAACACAAUUCUUCGAAGGAAGCGAUAUUAUAAACUCUAAGUUGCAUUGUCACCAUUAUCUUCAUCAUGGCUGCGGGAACACACAGACGCUUCUGCGGCAUAGUUCUAUUAUUGCUCUUGGCCCAGACUCAAGCACAAGAAGUCACGCAAACUGUCAAGAUAGCGGAGACCAAGGCGGAGGCCAAAGUGGAGGCCACCACCACACCACCAAGCGAACUAAUUGAGGAGACAACGUUUACGGCCAACCUGGAGACAACCACCGAGAUUCCCGCCGCUGCUGACAUAGUUCCCGCCAUCGCUACGGAGAAUCGCAACUCUGCAUUUGAUCUCUCUGCGGAUUCCGAGUCCAAGGAGGAGCAACUGGGCGAUAGCGAGUCUCGUCAGAACUUGGCGCGUUGUGAUCCUGAUCUCGUUGGCUUUGAGAUUGUCACAGGCUAUGUGUUCUCUGCACCUGGCAAACUGAUGGACUCGCAGCCAGGCACUCUGAUGCUGACGGAUUGUCUCAAUACUUGCCUCAGGAACAAGAGCUGUCAAUCGGUCAACUACGAGACGGGUCUCUGUGUGCUCUUCUCGGCACAUGCGGAUCAACUGCCAGGCGCCUUGACCAAGUCACAAUUCCCCGUGUUCACCAUCUAUGCUCAAAAGUCUUGUCUGUCCGUGAAGCCCUGUGGACGUGCUUGGUACGUGGAUCGCGUGCAGAAUUACAGACUCAAGUCGGAAGUGAAGCGCAGCGUUUCGGUCGCCUCACGUCGCGAGUGCUUCGAGCUCUGUCUCAGCGAAACUGACUUUACCUGCAGAUCGGCGAACUACAGACGCGACACUGGCACUUGUGAGCUUAGUGAAAUGGAUCGUUCUACCUUGGCGGGCACAAACGCUUUCCAGCCCAGACCUGGCACGGAUUACCUCGAGAAUCACUGCAUCGACGAGCCCAACAAGCUGUGCGAGUUCAAGCGUUUGCCUGGACGCAUUCUCAAGACUGUUGACUCUGUGUACCAGGAAGUGAGCAGCGUCGACGAGUGCCGCGAACUCUGCCUCAACUCGCCCUACAGAUGCCACUCCUAUGAUUACAACGACACCGGAGACAUGGUCUGCCGUCUGUCGCAUCACAGUCGCGCCACACUCUCAGAUGUUCAGGAUCCCUAUCUGGAGGUGCCCGAGGCCUCGACCUACGAACUGGCUUCCUGCUACAACGUGACCAUCGAGUGUGGAGGCGGCGACAUGCUGGCCAGGAUUCGCACCUCAAAGUUGUUCAGUGGCAAAGUUUAUGCCAAGGGAUCACCUCGUUCUUGUGCUGUGGAUGUGCGAAGCGCUCUCGACUUUGAGCUGCGCAUGAACUAUCAUGAUCUGGAGUGCAAUGUGCGCCAGAGCCAAGCAGGUCGCUAUGUCAACGACAUCAUCAUCCAGCACCACGACAUGAUUGUCACUUCCUCCGAUUUGGGACUUGCGCUCGCCUGUCAAUACGAUCUGACCAACAAGUCAGUGACCAAUGGCGUCAACUUGGAUGUGCGUGGCGAUCUCACACCUGCUUUGUCUGAGGAAGUCAUCGUGGACUCUCCCAACGUUAUCAUGCGCAUCACUUCUCGCGAUGGCUCCGACAUGAUGCGUUCUGCUGAGGUUGGCGAUCCUCUUGCCCUCAAGUUCCAGAUCAUGGACGAGCAGAGUCCCUACGAGAUCUUUGUGCGCGAACUGGUUGCCUUGGAUGGCGUGGACAACUCGGAGAUUACGCUGAUUGACUCCAAUGGCUGCCCCACCGAUCACUUCAUCAUGGGCCCCAUCUACAAGAGCUCACUGUCCGGCAAGGUGCUGCUCUCCAACUUCGAUGCCUUCAAGUUCCCUUCUAGUGAAGUCGUGCAAUUCCGUGCCUUGGUUACACCUUGCAUGCCCAGCUGCGAACCCGUGCAGUGCGAUCAGGAGGACACCAGCGGCGAGUACCGCUCGCUGCUUUCCUACGGCCGCAAGCGUCGCUCUGUGAAUGCAACAGCUCCUUAUGAGCGUCGUCAGCGUCGUGAGAUCGAGAAUGCCUUGAAGUCUGGUGCCGAGGAGAUGCUGCUGGUGCAGUCCAUUCAGAUCACCGACAAGUUUGGCUUCGAGCAGCAGCAGAGCCGCAAGGCCAGCAUUGGCGAGAACUACGAGGGCAACGAGACAACAUUCACGGCCAGCGAGACAGGACACGGCUUCUGUGUCAAUGCUAUUGGUCUCAUCUCAGCUGCCACCAUCUUCCUGCUGACGCAACUGGCCAUCAUUGGCAUUUGGACGUACUGCUAUCAGCGUCGUCAGAAGCUGCAGGCGUAUCAGCACUCGUAUUAAGAGCCGGGAACAAAGAGAGCGGGAGCAUAGCAAUGUCAAAUGUCAACCAGGUGCAAACAACGAUAAAACGCAAUACAGAAGAAGAGGCGGCAGCUUGGCUGCUGCCUGCUUGCCUUCGCUAUUUGUCUUCGUCUAGUCAGUGCUCGAAUUCCAGAGAAAAGGAACAGGAUAAAUAGAAAUGGCGCCGCUUUGUUUGUUACUUAAUGGAUACACUCACACACAUCUACACAUUUAUCAUUAUAUUUC